AUGGCUGACCAACGUAUCGAGAACGCUGCCGAAGCAGCAGGAAAGGCCAAGGAUUCAAGCCCGGAAAAGCCAUCCAUACUUUCCUCAGGAGGCGCAGUAGGAAAGCAAUUCAACCCAGACGGAGCCAUCGGCGGCGUGGCUCAAGAAAUCGGAGGACCUUUCGAUAAGGAUGGAGCGAUUGGGAAGCAGUUUGAUGCGGCGAAGGAUGGGUUGGCGGGGCAGGUUGAGAAAGCUGUUGAUGGGCCGAGUAGACCUGCGAGUGAGAAGAAGUGA